AUGCCGUUCACCAUUGUCAUGUCCGGCGACGACGACGCGCGAAAGGACAUCGUCUACAAGGGCAAAUCUACAAAAUUCUGGCCGCACCUUCCCCCUGAGAUCAUACGACUGAUCGCGACCUACCACCUCCUGAACCUGGCCGCUGAAGGCUUCUGCCCUGGAACAUGGCAAGUUUCAACGCAAUGGCCCGGCCGACUUGUCUAUGGCCUGCUCCGCGACGUCCUUGAGAUUGAGAAGCUCAUGUCGUUAUACCCGACCUGGUAUGCUGCGCUGUGCCGCAUAAAUUCACCUUCCACCUCCAACGGCCUCGUCUCCGCGAAGUGGAUGGUCGCCACGCCAUUUCUAGGUACGAUCCUCGUCUGCAAGGACCACCGACGCGCCACAUACUGCGGCAUUUGCCUGAAGGAAACAUCCCAGAUGGACGGUGAGAUGGAGUAUGCUGCAGGGUUUGCAAUGGGUUGUGUCGAGAAUGAAGACGACCAAAUGUGGCCCGGAAUCGAUACGACUUGCCGGACAUGCCGGAGCGAGGGCUUGUGGCGACGGGCGCAGCUUAGCCCAAUCGACGCGGAGGCCGUGGGCGGGCCGAGCUUAGUCAGCGACGACUGGGAAACUCGACAGGCCAUCGAAACAUUUGUCGACCUGGGCGAGGGGACGAUCUCAGACGUGCUUGCGGUCGCGCGAGACAAGUACUGGUACAAAAAGAACACCAAGCUCAACGAUAUGCUGUCACAAGCUCUCGCCGCGUCGCGCUAUGUCUCGCGAACAGAAGCCGGCCAAGCUGGUUACUUGAGCGAAGACGAGCUCAGCGACGAAGAGGAGGACGACGCUGAGCUUAUGAGCAUCACCGAAGACGCGGCGGGCAUCCGCGAGAUCGCAGUCUCGGACUACAUCCGUAGUCGUAUCCUUGACGGCCAUUGGGUCAAUCCCGCCGACCUUUUCUACGAGCAUGAGAACUGCACGGUCGUGCUCCCUGCAGAACAUCCGUGUCCGUGGCAGCCUGGUGCUGUUUUCGAAGGAGCGCUCGAUGAGGGAGAGAAUGCAGAAGACGGAGAACCCAUAGGGCACCCUCGUCCGAAAACCACACAGCCGAUUCCGCCGCCAUCAGAGCUCUUGUCGUCGAUGGCCUGUCAAGCGUUUAUGAAACAUAUGAAGGACAUCUUAAUGCCGGCGAUGCGCAACAUCGUAGAGCGGAUCGAAGCGGAAUGCUACGCAGAUGGGAAGGACCCGGCAGUUGUGGCGGCGUCGAUGAGCCUAGAUGACGUUGUAGCGGCGUUGAGGGACGAAGCAUACUGGUUCACAGGGGUGGACUGGCUUGAGCGGCGCGCGAACAUGAGAGAGCACGAGAGGCAGAGGGAGAAGGAUGAGGACGACUCGUCAUCGUCGCGAUCGGGCGGCUCGCAUUUGACAAGCCCUGUCUUAUCGACGACUACACUCGGUACAACCCCAUCCCCGCCUCCCAGCGGUAGCUCCAGCGGGAAAGACGAUGAAUCGCUAUCAUCACCGACAGCCGCAAGCGCACCCGCGAUUUCCGUGCCUGUGCCGAGAUCGCCCACACUGAUCCAUCCGAUACCAUACGUCCCCGUGAAGGUUUCGCCGCUGCCUCUUUAUAGUCUGGAUGCGUUCCGAUAUAUAUGGCGCAACGCGUCCGCGCAUUUGUAUGAAUGCUAUUGCUCAAUCUGCCAAAGGCGGAUCUUGAAAGCGCACGCCGCGGCGGCACAAAGGGCGGCGGCUCAGCAGGCGCAGGACUUUGCUCCGAUCGCGCAGGAUGUGGUGCAGCUAGCUGUGAAGAUCAAGAUCCCCGAGGUUCCGACCGAGAUGCUCCGUGCCGAGGAGGAAGAGGAGGAGGAGGAGGAGGAGGGUGAGUCGGAGCUUGACGACGUUUCGGUGGCGGAGACACCUGCACCCCCUGUUACUCCGCGCAAGCGGCCGUCAAGGGAGUUGGACGCUGAUACACCCGCAGACGCCAUCUUGACACGUGACCAGCGCAGUGGAACCCCACCGAAGCGUCGGCGGCAGACCGGGUCCUAUUCGCCAACGCCGAUGGCCAUCUCACCGUCGCCUCAGAGGCUGCGGAAGCGGUCUUCUGAGGAGCUUGACGACGAUGGGAGGUCGCCUAUUGGUGGAAAUGGCGAGUCGAAGAGGAUGCGUCCGGAUGCUCCCCCAACUACGCCAUCGCCUGAUCCGCAAACACAAAACGCCAAGUCAGUUACUGAAACUGAUGCUGGACACUAGUUGGCACGCAGUGCUGCCGUUGGCAUUUGGGAAUGAAGAGCACGUGUUGAUCUGCGUAUCCCGGCAUGCCACGGCGUCUGUCCCCUUCGAAUUUUCCCCGACCUCGGCAGUGCGUCGUGAGCCGUGACUACUCGCGGACCUAGAAACUGUUCUCGCUUUGUGUUGCAAUCACCCGCUUUCUUCGUUCCACCUCUUGUAUAGUAGCUGUACCAUUUCGCGCAGCCACUCAUUCGUGAGUACAGGCUGCUGCGACGAGUGUCGUCAUCUAGCUGUUUCCCAAUUUCAAUCUCCAUGUCUCGUCUUUGAUAACUACGCUACGUUACCCACGUGGCAUCAGAAGGUUGUCGCUCGCAGUGCUAUAGUAGAAGUCAAAGGGACUAUUGUAUAAGUAGUAUUGGUUUCGGAAAU